AUGGAAGAAUUACCUUAUUUUGAUGAAGAUAUACAACCUCAAAAAUUAAGAAUUUGUGAGAAAUGUGGCUUACAUCCAAAUAUUUGUAUAUGCCAGUUAAUUCCUAAAGAAAAAGAACAUGAUAACUAUCCAUACUUAAUUAUACUUCAAGAUCCAAGAGAGGCAAAAGUAAAAUUAAAUACAGUAAAGUUAAUUGACAAAUAUUUUAAACACGUUGAGAUAUAUAAAAAAAACUUACCUAUUGAACUUAUUGAUAAAAUUCAACAAAAACCAAAUGAGUUUGCUGUUUUAUUUCCACGUAAAACAGCAAAAAUAAUUGAUGAUGGAAAUGAUAUUUCAUUUACACAACAAUACAAAUAUAUUAUCAUUAUUGAUGGUACUUGGGAUCAAGCAAAGUCUAUUUAUAAUAGAAAUAAAUUACUUCAUCAAUUAGAUACUUUAAUAUUAAGUAAUGGAAAUAAUUAUUCUCAAUACAAUGAAAUUAGAAAAGAGAUUAGUGGUGGAAUGUCUACUUUUGAAGCUACUAUAACAACAAUAUCAAUUAUAAUGAAAGAACCAUCUAUGAUUAUUGAUAGAAAUAAUAUAAUGAAAAGAUUUAUAGAAAUGAGAACAAAAUAUUAUGAAUAA